AUGCAGCUGCAACCCUCACUUGAAGUAAAGGCGCCGCGGAGGCGACCAGUGCGGAAGUCCUUUUCGGGUUGCGCGCAGUGCAAGAGUCGAAAGAUCAAAUGUGAUGAAACAAAACCCUUCUGUGAGCGCUGUGCCGACAAAGGUCUGACAUGUCCGGGCUUUCCCGCGCAAACCAGGCUUCGCUGGUCCGCAAAGCACGAAGUGUACGGACGCAGACAACUCCCAGCGAAGACCGCGGAUUCCCCUGCGCAAGAUCCAUCCUGGCCAGAGAAGCCCAGCCGAGAGCCAUCUCACUCAUCGCCAUCGGGAAGCGAGGUGGUCGCUCACCUUAAAGUCGAUCUACGAAACCCGGAUGGCCAAACGCAACAGCCGAUUUCCGCAACACUUCUCCCUAUACUGAAGGACCACAGCGUGACAUGCGGGACUGAAACUUCCCCUGUGACCAAAGGAAGUACGACUGAAUCAUUAUCUGAGGCCAACUACGCUCGUAUGAAUGUGGAGCAGCCUUCCUGGCCAUUUGAUAACGCCGAGCGCUUCAGCAUGGCCGAAGGGUUUAUGCCCAGUCCAAGCCACGAUUUCAUCGCUCGGUGGUGUCCCAACGAUAGACUGGAAGGCGACGUGCCGUAUCUUACCGAAGAUGUGUCCAUCGAUCAUCUCCCUUUCAACUGUUGGUCUGAAUCAGCUGAGCCGCCUCCUUCACAGUCUCCCAACGAACCCAUAGAUGCCAGCAAUUCAGACACUUCUCUGGCUUCUCGUCGUCCGACUACGGGCUGUGAGAGAAUCCAACGCGCCAGAGAUUCUUUGCCUCUCCAACUGGUCCACUUGGACAGUGAGCUUGUGGAAGCAUAUUUUUCAAUUGUGUGCCCAAUCUUUUCAACCUUCGACUCGGAACAAAAUCAAUUUCGGUCGUUUGUGGUCCAGAGAUGGCAAAGCUCGGUAUCAAUAUACUAUGCGAUCCUGAGCAUGACCGCCGCUAAAUUGGCAUGGCAAACACCGGACAUUAGGGUUCACGCCCUCAGGUACCAAUCCAUGGCGCUGAAGACUCUCUACGCGGAUCUCUCCAGCAGCACAUCUCUAAAUACGGAACUCCUCUUCGUCGUACUUCUGCUUGGCCUUACUACAUGUUGGCACGACAUUUCCGACCUAGGCACAGUUCAUCUGCGGGCCCUGCAGCAUGCAAUUGCCACAGAUCAAAUUUUACCAACAGAAGACCCCCAGACUCUGGGCUUUUUCAAAGAAGCCAUGGUAUAUUGGGAAAUGGUGGCUUGUCUCGUGGACGACAACGUGCCAAUCCACGACUACUCGAACAUUGGGACGGCCAGUCCACUGCACGCACAGUUGCGAAGCAGGGGCUUGUCUCCUGCCCCCGGAGCACGCAUCCAGCCACAUCCCUGGGCUGGUGUUGCUGCUGCGCCGCAGGCCCUUUUUUCGCGCAUCGUGCGGCAUGUCCGGUCGUUGCGAUCCUUCAACCUUGGAGGGCCUACGUUGAGUUGCACUGUCAGCCAGCCACAGCAAUACUUGCAGACGCUGUACGCCUUGGAAGAAGAGGUCUGGACACUGCAACUACCAAAGCUCCACGAAAUUGCCAAUACUGGAGAUGAGAAUACCCCCGCCAUUCACCAUCUGUUACUCGCAGAAGCAUACACGUUUGCCAAUCUCUACCAGCUCUACUACAUAUUCCCCAAUCUUCGGCGCAAACGAGCUCAACACAUCAGGGUGGGAGCCCAUCUCAAUCUAUCUCCCGAUCGGUCAUGGGCACAAUCUCAAGCCAGUCUUUGGUCGCGACUUUUGCAGGAAGAUUCGGGUGGUUCGGAAGAAUGGCUCAAUUUCCUUGGCCGCAGUGUCAUCAACCGCCUAGAGCAGAUGCAAAUCAACUCGGGAACCUCUUGUGUUCAAGGGCUUUUGCUGCUGGUGGGCUCGGCUUCUCUAUCUGUACGUCCCGACCUCGAGGGCAGUGACACGGAGAGAGAGAUAAUGCAAACGCGAGAAUUCGUUUCCAACCGUCUUUCUUCUCUCUCGAACAAGUUGCGCUCUGUCCCGCUCCGUUGUGUGAGGCUGGUCGUUUCAGAGAUCUUCAAACAGCUCGACGUGGGGGUCAAUGUAUUCUGGAUGGAUGUCUUACAAUCUAUGGGUGUAGUCACAAUAAUUGGAUGA